AUGACGGUGGAGCGUAUUCUUCUCGCCUUCCUGGAACAGCAGAAGGAUCAAAGCCCCGACUAUAAGGAAGCGGUAAAGUCCCUGGUGCAAAAUGUCGAUAAAGAUGGCCACUUGGAGGCAGACGGAGGUUUGUCUUUCAAAGAAUGUUUAAUGACGGACAGCGGAUCACACCCAGGUGUGGAUGAGGAACUCUGCCGUAGGAUUGGUGCUCAGCUGGCUGAACUGGGAGACCUUUUUGAGAAGGAAGCACUGAUCAAGCAGGAGGUGGUGGAGGGUCUCGUUAAUCAGAUCCUGGACAAGUCUCUGACAGAAGCUCGGUUUCAGGAGGCAGUGCAAUCCUCACUGUGUAAGAUACCAGCUGGCAUCGAGCAGGAAAAGGCUUCGCUGGUGGUUGCCAUGAUGCUGACCAGCAAGAUUGGAAAGAGCAUUCCUUCACUGCUGCAAAGUUGCUUUACUACUGCUGUGAGCUUCAUUCAGGACAACUACAACGCCUACAUAGAAGGCAUGGCUGAAGAG